AUGGAUAUAACUGUACAAAAAACUGCUCAUCUAAUUGCUUCAACUCUACUUGUGAUCUUGUCAGUGGAGAUUGUGUCAGUUGUGUUGUUGGAUUCAGGGGAAAACAAUGUGAAGAAAUUUGUUCCUGUGGAUAUUAUGGACAAAACUGUUCAAUGCCAUGUUCUGAUAAAUGUGACCAAAAUUCAUGUGAUCCUUUCACUGGUCAAUCAUGUGACACUGGCUGUUUGUUCUACUGGUUAUUAUGGACACAACUGUUCAAGUUCUUGUUCAUUGGGAUGUGAACACAAUACAUGUGAACCAGUCAGUGGCCAUUGCUUAAUGUGUAAAAAUGGAAGGACAGGCACAUUUUGUCAAGAAGAAUGUCCACUUGGAAGGUUUGGACCCAACUGCACAAAAACCUGUUCAGAUGCCUGUGCUAAUAAAAAGUGUGAUGCUGUAAAUGGAGUUUGUCACAGCUGUCGACCAGGAUAUAUGGGAGACUACUGUCAAGAAACCUGCAGUGUAGGAUGGUUUGGUUAUAAUUGUUCACGUAAAUGCCCAGAAGGUUGUGCAGAAGAUAAGUGUGAUGGGGAAACUGGUUAUUGUGACAGUUGUGCUAUAGGGCACACUGGUAAUCUUUGUGAACACGCAUGCGACACUGGAUGGUUUGGAUUCAACUGUUCACAGACCUGCCCAGACAAUUGUAGAAACAAACAAUGUGAUCCAAUAAAUGGGUUUUGUCAGAAUUGUAGUGAUGGCUAUGUUGGAGACAGGUGUGAUAAAGUUUGUUCAAGUGGAUAUUAUGGGCAAAACUGUUCCAUGAAAUGUUCUGAUAAAUGUGAACACAAUUCAUGUGACCCUUUCACUGGUCGAUGUAUCAGGUGCAAAGAUGGAUUUUUAGGACAAUUUUGUGACCAAGCAUGUGACAAUGGAUGGUUUGGAUACAACUGUUCUCAGACAUGCCCAGACAACUGUAAAAACAAUCAAUGUGAUCCAAUAAAUGGGUUUUGUCAGAACUGUAAUGAUGGCUAUCUUGGAAAUAAGUGUGAUAAAGUUUGUUCUAGUGGAUAUUACGGUCUAAACUGUUCAAAGCCAUGUUCUGAUAAAUGUGACAAAAAUGCAUGUGAUCCUUUCACUGGUCAAUGCAUCAGGUGCAAAGAUGGAUUUUUAGGACAAUCUUGUGAUCAAGAAUGUCCACAAGGCUACUAUGGAUAUAAUUGUACACAAAACUGCUCAUCUAAUUGCUUCAACUCUACAUGUGAUCUAGUCAGUGGAGCUUGUGCCAGUUGUGUUGUUGGAUUCAGGGGAGAACAAUGUGAAGAAAAAUGCAGGCAAGGAACUUAUGAAUACAAAUGUGACUCCAAAUGCUCUGAAAAUUGUACACUUUCACUGUGCAAUUCCACAAAUGGAUUCUGUUACAGUUGUGUUCCAGGUUCUAUAGGAGAUUUCUGCAAUAAAACAUGCAACACUGGAUGGUUUGGAUUCAACUGUUCACAGACAUGCCCAGACAACUGUAAAAACAAUCAAUGUGAUCCAAUUAGUGGAUUGUGUCAAAGUUGUAAAAAUGGGUAUAUGGGAGAUCGGUGUGAUAAAGGUUUGGUUUUUUAA